GGAGCUGACCCGAGCCCGACCCCGGGACGCGGACGGUCGGGGAGCAAUAAACAAACCGACGCGACGCCCGGGGUCGUGGUCAUGGGGCCCGCGUCGUCAGCCAGCACUGCAGCCGUCCAUUCGUGCUGCCGACCAACCAAAACAAAACAGGGGGCGCGGAGCACGGAGUAGUCGCCGAGGACACGAGGAGACACAGAGGCCCAGAAGAAGAUCAGGCGGAGACACAGGGCAGGAGAGCGCAGCACGCGAUGCGGCGCGCGAGGCCUGGGCCACCUCCGCCGGCGCCGCCGGGGCCGGGGAAGGAGGAGGUGAAGUACCGCGGGGUGAGGCGGCGGCCGUCGGGGCGGUACGCGGCCGAGAUCCGCGACCCGAGCAAGAAGACCCCGAUCUGGCUCGGCACCUUCGACUCCCCCCAGGACGCCGCGCUCGCCUACGACGCCGCCGCCAGGAACCUCCGCGGCGCCGCAGCCCGCACCAACUUCCCCUCCCCCUCCUCCGCAACUCCGCCCUUGCCCCCUCCUGCCCCGGCGACCGUCGCGGCGGCGGCCACCUCCAGCCACAGCAGCACCGUAGAGACCUGGAGCGGCGGCGGCGGCGUCACCGGAUUCCCCGUCCCCUCCGCCGCGAUCGGCGCUGCACCGGCCGUCGAGGAGGACUCCCGCAGCUACUGCGGCUCCUCCUCCUCCGCGCUGUGCGAGGAAGGCGCCUCCGCCUCCGCUUCCGCGGCGCCCUCCCCGCCGCAGCUGCCGUUCGAUCUGAACCUGCCGUACCCGGCGUCCGCCGCCGACGAGAUGGACUGGAGCUGUCCCGACACCCUGCUUCGCCUCUAGGUCUUCACCCCUGCCGGUACUUGGCCGUCGCGCUCACCCCCUGCUCCUUUACUUCUACUCGUGCUAACGCGGCCAACUCUGCCCUGCCUUGCUGCUGCUCCUGCUGCUCCGGGUACUUCUGAAUUUCUGAUCGAUGCUCUUAUAUGAUGAUGUGAAUAAGCUUUAUCGUCAUGUAAUCCGCGGGUAAAAAAAGGACUGAUAGAUAGUAUUAUCGCUGCUGUUAUUCUGAUAGUUGUACGACCCAUUAGAUAUGUGAUGGAAUGGAAGAGAUCAAGAGGAAUUUACGUGUAACUUCUUUAAGCUGCGACAUUUGCUUUACUGAUUGUUGGCUGCUGCUCACACUUGUGUUUUAGUACUACUACAGUAACAUCUGCUGGGCAGAAGAGAGAUUUGGCUCUUAUAACUGAUAAAAUUGGGAGUGCAAAGAUCUCCAUCUU